AUUUUUUUAAGUGAGCAAACAUCUCUUCGGGAUGGAAUUAGAGGGCAGCUGUCCUGCUACAUCUGAUCAGGGCAGGUGGAAUGGGGAAAAUCGCCCUCUUCAACCAGGAAGCUAAGCCACCUGAGGUCUGGCUGCCACAUCCCCCUCCUAGCAGCCAAACUGUAAUCUGGCCUUUGUGGGGGGAAACAACGAGCAGCCUCCUUCGGCCUUGGUGUCCUCGGAGCCGAGACUCCCACGUUCUGCUGUCCGGCUCCAUGUGGGAGCCUCCCACCCUGGGUCAGUCUCCAGCUGAGAAGGAGCCAAGCGGAGGACAGAGGUGGAAAGGACAUGGGACGCCAUUUAAUCCCGGAAGCAGAAUGAAUGGACUAUGUCAAGGGCAAAUAAUAAAUGACACAUGAGGGGCUUAGAAGGGAGCGCUCGGAGAUCCCGUGACCCUCUCCCAUGUGACGCCCAUCUCCAGAUGGCGAGUGCUUUCCCUCGCUGUUGCCCCAAGCCUGGAAGGCUUUCCCUCCCCAUCUCCACUCCCAGCUUCCCCGGCUUCUUGGAAUCCCACCCAAGUCCCGUGUCCUCUAAGAAGCCUUUCCCAAGAGACUGAUAACAUGGAAAGUAGGAAAACCACCGAAUUCCUCAACAAGACAAGGAGCUGAUUUGGGAAAAAGCAAUAAAGUGGAGAAACUACCCGUUAAUUUGAUUUAAAAGAGAGAGAGAAGGAAACCCACUGACCAGCAUGGACAAGGAAGAGGCACAGUUCACCCAAUGAAGAGGAAAUGAAAGCAAUUAUUACGAGUUAUUUUAUCCAAUUACACGCCAAUAAAUCUGAUCAUCUGAGCCAAAUGAUGACUAUUUUAGAACUAUAAAUUGCCCAGACGAACAGAAGACGGGGUGGAGUCCCAGCCUUCCUUUGUCCUGCGACCUCGUCUCUGAGGCGACCCCAAUUUAUCUCAUCUCUGCCUCUUGCGUACAUAGUGGUGGGGAGCUUGUCUCCCCCUUAGUCCAGGAGCUCUUGGAGCUUUUGCUUUCCUUUGUACCAGAGCCUGGCGGAGGACCUGGGUCCCGGCGGGUCCGUCCUCUUAGUCCAGUCUGACUCUUUGGUUUUUCUCGGCAAAGACACUGGACUGGUUUGCCAUUUCCUUCUUCGGCUCAUUUGACAGAUGAGGAAACUGAGGCAAAGAGGGUGAAUGACUUGCCCAGGGUCACACAGCCAGGAAAGGGCUGAAGGCACAUUUGAACCCAAGUCUUGCAGAGCUUUUUUGGCCCUCAGAAGUACAAGGGGGGGGGGCGGGGUAAGAGAUGCUCCGUGUUCCGAGCCCAGAUGGAUGCUCCCAUCCCGCGCAGGCUCUUCUCCUCCAGGAAAUGCCUUUAGCAGCUGGGACUCUAUGGAGAUGCGCCUGGAAGCUUCUCACAAGGCUGCGUGUCCCAGUUCCUUCCUGGCAGGCCCGGUCGGGCGCUCUGGGACAUUUCUGGCUGCGCACGUGCGGCGGGGGGGGGGGGGGGGGGGGAAGGGGGGGGGCUCCGUCUGUGGCGGGGAGUCAGGCCAGGGUCAAGGUUGGGGCCAGCCGCGGUCACAAGGGCUGCCCGUUGGCCUGGGGUCAGUGUGUGGUCAGGGAGGGCGGGCGGUAGCUGGUGUGCCGCAGCCCGGGGGCGCCUCGAACCCCAACCUAUCCCUUUGCUUUUAGCCUCGUGCCUUCGGACCUAGAACUGACCACCCGCUCCGCUGAGAGGUCCUUCUCCUGCCCUUGUUGGCUCCUUUGGGGGUGCGGUGGGGGCGGGGCGUCGCCUCCUCCAGCCCCUCCCCCACCCCUUCCUCCGCCACAGCACCAACCUUCCCCGUCCUGGCCUCUCUGGCCAGGCUCCUGGGAGGAAGGCCUUGACCCCUUCUAGGUCUCCCUGCGGCCCUCCGAUGGCUCUUCCCAACCAGCCGGGGAGCCAGGGAGGGUCAGGCUCAGCCCCCCACUUAGGGGCCGCACCAGGCUUCGGAGAGGCGACGGGGGUCUUGAUCCCGGGCCUCCGGCCUUCCGGGCCAGAGCUCGGUCCGUCGGCAACAAACGACUCCCCUUCCAGAACAUUCCGACCCAAUUCCUCAGAGCAGCCCACAGCAGAGGGCGGGUUCGGCAUCUGGCGGGGGAGGGCCACGCCGGCAGCCCCUGCAGCCCCCCAAUCAGGUUUCACUAAGGCUCGGUAGCUGGAGAGGAAUCCCAGGCGGCCUCUUCUGGUUUUCAGUGGACUGAGAGCCGGGCUUGGAGGCGGGACGUCCUGGGUUCAGAUGCGGCUUCCUGGCGGUGUGACCCUGCACAGGUCACUUACCCGCCUCCGCCACUCCUCUGCCUUGGAACUAAUACACAGUAUUGAGUCUGAGACGGCAGGGAGGGUUACAAGCAGUAAAUACAAAUAAAAAUAAGAAAGAAAGGAGAGCCACCGCUCGGGUUCUGUUGGAGGGCAUCACUGGCUGGCACUUUACAUGCCGUUUAGGCCUUAGGAAUGGCCAAGAAACCUGCAAUUUGCAUCCUUUACUUAUUCAUUGUUAUUAUUUUUUAAACCCUCAUCUUCCAUCUGGGAAUCAAUAGCUUGUGUCUGAGCUCGGAUUCGAACCCAGGACUCCCAUCUCUGGGCCUGGCUCUCCAUCACUGAGCUGCAGAGACCCUGCACAGCGGCUUCCCGGAGCAUCCUUUCCCUCCCAGCCUGGAUCCUCUUCCGGCGCCUGCGGCAGGCCGCGCCCCGUGGGAGGAGGGGGGAGGGGCCGAGGGCUCUCCUGUGGCUGGUACCCACCCAGACGGGCUCUGCUUGCCCAGAGUGAAGCAGGCUCUACAAAGCUCCCAUUGAGAGGAGCUCUGGGUCUUCCUGGCGAGGGGGCCGAGGACAGUGAGGCCAAUGUGUGCCGAGGGGGGAGGGGACCCUUAAAGAGGCAGGCUCCCCGGCACCUUGGGGCCCCUCUGGGCGUCCAGUCCCCGCCCUCUGCGGGGUAUUGGUUCCAUGAACUAUUAGUAUUGAUUAAUUAUUAAGAAUGAAUGAGGAGCAUCAACCAUGCUCUUCUCUCUCCCUUGCUCCCUCCUCCUCCUCCUCCAGGAUGCCCACCCUGAUUGCCGCAGAAUCGAAGCUUUAGAUGGGAAGACAUCUCAAAGGCCAUCCGGCCCCAAACCCUCAUUGUUUUAAGCAUUUACCUUCCCUCCUAGAGCCAACAGAAGCGGUGAGGAAAGUCCUGAAAUUGGGUUAAAGGUGACUUGGUUUUGUGGGACAGACAGACAGACGAAUGACCCCCUCCACAGCGGUUACCAGCUGGGGGGGCAACAUGGUGUGUAAUGGAUGGGGAUCCCACACGCAAGGAGCCGACACCAUGGGGGGAGACACAAGACUCCUCAAAAGACCAUUGGCAGGAAAGGGCCUCUUUCCAAAAGAUGCUCAUUUACAAACUCUUCUCUCUUAGAGUGACAUCAGUGUGGAUGCCACAGCCGAAGAGAGGUAAGGGCUAGGCAAAUUCAGUGACUUGCCCAGGGUCACACAGCCAGGAAGUGUCUGAGACCAGAUUUGAAUCCAGGACUGGCUCUCUAUCCACGGUGCCAUCUUGCUGCCCCGGAAAGGAGCCUCUCGGAAGAUUAUGGAAAGAAAAACCCAUCUGCCUGGGGGCUGGAGAGAGGGGACCUGGAAGGGGGGGGACUUGGGUUCAAAUCUGACUUGAUACUUCCUCGGGCUGUGACUCUGGACAAGGCACUUAAUCCUGCUUCCCUCGCCCUUCUCUUUCCGUCUUAGAGUGGUUAUUAAGACAGAAAGUAAAUGGUUAAAAAAAUAGAACUAUAAAGCCGUGGAACUAGAGGGUAGGUGGCCAGUGACUGCUGCCAUCUUCUGCCCUGCUCAGACCCCAUCUGGAUCAUGAGUUCAGCUCAGCCGAGGGACCUUGAAGAGCUGGAGCUGGCCCAGGGGAUGAUGACCAGGCUGGCAAAGGCUUUAGAGCCCUUAAAAUGCAGAGGAAACUGGAGCUGCUCAUCUUGGAAGACAAUAUUUGAAGGUCAGAGAUUUGUUCUUGGGCCAGCUAGUGGGGCCAGUAGAGAGAGCACUGACCAGGUCGUCAGGAGGACCCGAGUUCAGAUUUGGUCUUUGACUAGUUGAAUGACCCUGGGCAAGUCACUUCACCCUGUUGGCCUCAGUUUCCUCAUCUGUAAAAUGAACUGGAGAAGGAAAUGGCAAGUGAGGGGGGGACCCUGGGCAAGUCACUUCACCCUGUUGGCCUCAGUUUCCUCAUCUGUAAAAUGAACUGGAGAAGGAAAUAGCAAAUUAUCGGGGGACCCUGGGCAAGUCACUUAAUCUUGUUUGCCUCAGUUUCCUCAUCUGUAAAAUGAACUGGAGAAGGAAAUAGCAAAUUUUCGGGGGGACCCUGGGCAAGUCACUUAAUCUUGUUUGCCUCAGUUUCCUCAUCUGUAAAAUGAACUGGAGAAGGAAAUAGCAAAUUAUCGGGGGGACCCUGGGCAAGUCACUUAAUCUUGUUUGCCUCAGUUUCCUCAUCUGUAAAAUGAACUGGAGAAGGAAAUAGCAAAUUAUCGGGGGACCCUGGGCAAGUCACUUAAUCUUGUUUGCCUCAGUUUCCUCAUCCGUAUGAGCCGGAAAAGGAAAUGAGAAACCACUCCAGCAUCUCUACCAAGAAAACCUCUAAUGAAGUCUCAGAGUUAGACACAAUUAAUUGACUAAACAACAGACUUGUUUUAUAUAGCUCCAAAGGGCAAAUCUGGGACCAAUGGGAAGUUAAAGGGAGGCAGACGGUGACUUUCUAUAAUUAAAAGCUUUCGGAUGAUGAAAGCUGACCAUAAAAGAGGAUGAACUUUGCCUUUACUACUUAUAAAUGCUCAUUCAUUUAUUCUUGUUAGAUAAUGAGCUCCCCAUUGCUGCACAUAUGCAAGCAUAGAUUGGGUGACCACCUCUCAGGGAUGUUGUAAAGGGACUCCUGUCUUGGGUGAAAGGUUGGACUAGAAGAUAAUUUCUUUUAUUGGUUCCAAGGGAGAAGAGUGGUAAGGGCUAGGUAAUGGGGGAUAAGUCCAGGGUCACCCAGCUGGGAAGUGUCUGAGGCCAGAUUUGAUCUCCAGGCCUGACUCUCAAUCCACUGAGCCCUCCAGCUACCCCCAGACGGCUUCUUUCUAAGAUCUACUCCAUGACCCUGAAUAGUACAGAGGAGGAGGAGGGAGUUGUUUGGAGAAGAGCAGCAGAAGACAUAUUCUAGGGGCAGCUGGUGGCUCCCAUUAAUCCCCGUUGCUUAGCCCUUGAGGAUCUUCUGUCGUAGAAUGAAUAUUGAACUAGAAAGAAAGGGUUAAAAAAAAAAGGAAAAAGAAGAUCGAUUUUAUUGCUGCUCUCAAGGGGAAGAAGAGAGAAGAUCCUCACAGGGAAGAGGCAGCUGAAAGAGGCACGAUGGAGAUCUUAGAACCUGACCAGACACGGAGGACACCAAGGGCACCCAGUGCAUCCCAGGCCAUCACCAGUUCUCUAGGCGUGAUGGAGAUCUUAGAACCUGAGCAGACACGGAGGACACCAAGGGCACCCAGUGCAUCCCAGGCCACCACCAGUUCUCUAGGCGUGAUGGAGAUCUUAGAACCUGAGCAGACACGGAGGACACCAAGGGCACCCAGUGCAUCCCAGGCCACCACCAGUUCUCUAGGCGUGAUGGAGAUCUUAGAACCUGACCAGACACGGAGGACACCAAGGGCACCCAGUGCAUCCCAGGCCAUCACCAGUUCUCUAGGCGUGAUGGAGAUCUUAGAACCUGACCAGACACGGAGGACACCAAGGGCACCCAGUGCAUCCCAGGCCACCACCAGUUCUCUAGGCGUGAUGGAGAUCUUAGAACCUGAGCAGACACGGAGGACACCAAGGGCACCCAGUGCAUCCCAGGCCAUCACCAGUUCUCUAGGCGUGAUGGAGAUCUUAGAACCUGACCAGACACGGAGGACACCAAGGGCACCCAGUGCAUCCCAGGCCAUCACCAGUUCUCUAGGCGUGAUGGAGAUCUUAGAACCUGACCAGACACAGAGGACACCAAGGGCACCCAGUGCAUCCCAGGCCAUCACCAGUUCUCUAGGCGUGAUGGAGAUCUUAGAACCUGACCAGACACGGAGGACACCAAGGGCACCCAGUGCAUCCCAGGCCAUCACCAGUUCUCUAGGCGUGAUGGAGAUCUUAGAACCUGACCAGACACGGAGGACACCAAGGGCACCCAGUGCAUCCCAGGCCAUCACCAGUUCUCUAGGCGUGAUGGAGAUCUUAGAACCUGACCAGACAUGGAGGACACCAAGGGCACCCAGUGCAUCCCAGGCCAUCACCAGUUCUCUAGGCGUGAUGGAGAUCUUAGAACCUGAGCAGACACGGAGGACACCAAGGGCACCCAGUGCAUCCCAGGCCAUCACCAGUUCUCUAGGCGUGAUGGAGAUCUUAGAACCUGACCAGACAUGGAGGACACCAAGGGCACCCAGUGCAUCCCAGGCCAUCACCAGUUCUCUAGGCGUGAUGGAGAUCUUAGAACCUGAGCAGACACGGAGGACACCAAGGGCACCCAGUGCAUCCCAGGCCAUCACCAGUUCUCUAGGCGUGAUGGAGAUCUUAGAACCUGAGCAGACAUGGAGGACACCAAGGGCACCCAGUGCAUCCCAGGCCAUCACCAGUUCUCUAGGCGUGAUGGAGAUCUUAGAACCUGAGCAGACACGGAGGACACCAAGGGCACCCAGUGCAUCCCAGGCCAUCACCAGUUCUCUAGGCGUGAUGGAGAUCUUAGAACCUGAGCAGACACGGAGGACACCAAGGGCACCCAGUGCAUCCCAGGCCAUCACCAGUUCUCUAGGCGUGAUGGAGAUCUUAGAACCUGACCAGACACGGAGGACACCAAGGGCACCCAGUGCAUCCCAGGCCAUCACCAGUUCUCUAGGCGUGACGGAGAUCUUAGAACCUGACCAGACACGGAGGACACCAAGGGCACCCAGUACAUCCCAGGCCAUCACCAGUUCUCUAGACUUUGGUCCUGCCACUGCCUUUGUAUGACUCGAAGGGAGAGGGAGGCCGAUGACUUGGUGCAAUUCUAUCUCACUUCAGUCCAGUUCCCUGGAGAGUCAAGACACUGGCCCGUGAUGCCAGUGGUCCUCUGUAAAAGAAGGAGCCAAACAACAACAACAAUAUAUAGUAGCCACUCAGGGCUAGAACUUGGACAAUAGCACUAACAGGAGACGUCGCCAUCAUCUCUGGAGGAAGAGAAUGAGAUCAUCUGGACCAGUGAAAUGAAGGAACAUCAAUCGAUCAGGUCAUCAGGACUCAUUGAUUAAACACUGAUAUGCCUGUUUCUGCUCUAGGCUGCCCAUUUGGAUUGCAUGUUCCUGCUUCCCUCGUCUCCUCUUGGCUAGGAACCACCUCACACGCUCCACGCCUGCGGAUGGUUGUGACCUCUUCAUUUCCCUCUGAAUCAUGGUGGGUCGGUCGGUCAGGGCCUUAAAUCAACUAAAGAAGUGUUUGUCUUUGCUUUGGUUUUACCAACAUUUCCCAACAAGGCUCCACCAGCCUUCUCUGGACAAAUAAACACAAUUAAGCAAACAAAUCACAGUGGCCUUGUCUGAAACCGGCUGGCUCCUUGUGAACCUGUAGGCUGUCCUCUCGCUGCCAAGAGUGGGAAGGCCUUCUAGAGCCAUCAGCCAAUCACGACCUGGAUUAGAUUUUGGAAGUGAGUCAAUGUGGAUUUCCUCCCCGUGAUUAGUCUCUUGGCAAAUUGCUUUCGUGGAUCGACUUACUUUAUUUUGCAUCAAUUCGUGUGAAUCUUUCUAAAUUUCUCUGAAUCUUUAAAAAGUGAUUUUUGUAUAAUUAAAAAAUCUUGAACCCUGGACUUCAUCUCCCAGCAUCCCUUUCUUCUUCAUCCCCACAUCUGUGUGUAUUACAUGUAUAUAGUUCUGUAACUCCGCCCAAGCUCUCUCUCUCUUUUCCCACCUGUGUGGCUGGGGGAGCUCUCCUUUUUCUCUAGCCUUUUAUUUUCCUUUUUGCUUCAAGUUAUUAUUAAUAAGUUUUAUUCAGUGUAAUACUUGGAGUAUUUUGUAUAUUGAUUUUUAAUCUUACAUUUUUAAGCAAUGGACUUAACCAGCAGCCAACAAAAACAUUCUAAUAGACAAAGGACAAAAACAUAAUGAAAAGCAUGAACUAAUGUGAUGUUACAGCUUAAAAAAAAAAAGAAAUAUAUAUAUUGAGGGGUAUCUAGGUGGCCCAGUGGAUAGAGAGCCAGGUCUGGAGAUAGGAGGUCCUGGGUUCAAAUUUGGACUCAGACUAACUGGGUGACCUUGGGCAAGUCACUUAAACCCAGCCACCUAGCCUUUACUGCCCUUUUGCCUUGGAAUCAAAACUUAGUAUCAUUCCUAAGAUUAAAAAAAAAGAGAAGGAGAAGAAAAAAAGGAGUCUAUAUUGGCAGGAGAACAUUGUACCCAGUAACAGCAAUAUUAUAUGAUGAACAACUGGGAAUGACUUGGCUAUUUUCAGCAAUCCAGUGAUCCAAGACAAUCCCCAAGGACUCGUGAUGAGAAAUGCCUCCACAUUUUUGCCAGAAUGCACGCGGAAGCCUGCUGUACUUCACUUUUAGUCUUCAUUUCUCUGAGUUUCCUUCCACAGAAUGAUUAAAAUGGACAAAUGCUUCACGUGAUUGCACAUGUAAAGUCUAUAUCGGAUCGCUUUACUAUCUCUGGGAGGGGGAGGGAAGAGAAGCAGGGACAGAAUCUGGAAUUCAAAAUUUAAAAAAAUGAAGGUUAACAAUUGUCUUUACAUGUAACUGGGGGAAAAUAAAAUAUUAAAAAACAGAAGUAUAGAAGGCAGCUGGGUGGCUCAGUGGAUGGAGAGUCAGGCCCAGACAUGAGAGGUCCUGGGUUCAAAUCUGGCCUCAGACACUUCCUAGCUGAUGCUGGGCAAGUCACUUAAUCCCCACAGCCUACUCCUUAUCACUCUUCUGCCUUGGAACCAUGACACAGUAUUGAUUCUAAGAUGGAAGGUAAGGGAUUAAGAAAAGGAGCAAAUUCUAAAUGUAAGCUAUUGCUAUUUAAUUUGCAUCUGUUUAAAAAAUAGAUAAAAAUUAAUAUUAAAUAAGUAAAACAAAUAAAAUAAACAAAA